GACCUUGAGAUUUACUGGAUGAGACAGUAGAGAGGAGAUGUAAAGCUGCAGGAGGAGGGAGGUAAGUGCAUAAAAGUAGAGUGCUGCAGAGCAGGAGUCUACAACAACCGCGGCUAUGGGAUCAGGCAGGAGGAUGUGUUGCACUCAGCUCUGGCUGUUGGCCUCACUGGCUUUUCUCUCAUUGACUUCUCUGGCUGAUGAGUCGCCAAUGAAGGUGAUGUCUGCCCCCAACGUGUUGCGGAUAGGAACAGCAGAAAACAUCUUUGUGGAGUGUCAGGACUGCACCGACAGUGACAAUUUCACUGUUGAAAUCAAUGUAUUGACGUUUCCAACCAAAUCCAAAAGGCUGGCAUCCACAUCUGUGAACCUUACCACAGCAAAUAAAUACCAGAACAUCGGAAAAAUUAAUAUCCCCACUGGAGAUUUCAGCAAGGAUCCCAACAGGAAGCAAUAUGUCUACCUGCAAAGUCGGUUCCCUGAUGUAGAACUGGAGAAAGUCGUCUUAGUGUCCUUCCAGUAUGGCUACAUCUUCAUCCAGACCGACAAGACCCUCUACACCCCCAACAGUAAAGUUCACUACAGGAUAUUUGCUCUGACGCCCCGCAUGGACCCCGUGGGGAGGGAUGAUGAAACCAGAGCUGAUGCUUCUAUUGUCAUUGAUUUUAUGACCCCAGAGGGCGUUAUUUUACCAGUGGGUCCAGUCUCAGUGAAAUCAGGGCUCCACUCUGGAGAUUACCAGCUCGGUGAAAUUGUCAGUACCGGACUGUGGAAAGUGGUGGCCAAGUUCCACAGCAAACCACAGCUGACCUACUCUGCAGAGUUUGAGGUCAAAGAAUACGUGCUCCCCAGUUUUGAGGUGAAACUGACGACUGAAGACUCCUUCUUCUACGUGGACAGUGAAGAGCUCACAGUCAACAUCAAAGCUACGUAUCUGUUUGGUAAAGAAGUGGAUGGGUCAGCCUUCGGGGUAUUUGGAAUUAUGCAUGAGGGUCAAAAGAAGACCUUUCCCAGCUCUCUUCAGAGAGUGGGGAUCGAGAACGGUUAUGGAGAGGUCACACUGAAGAGAGAGCACAUCACACAGACUGUUGAAAACAUCCUUGACCUGGUGGGGAGUUCCAUAUUUGUAGCUGUCAGUGUGCUGACGGAGAGCGGUAGCGAAAUGGUGGAGGCAGAGCUGAGAAGUAUCCAGAUUGUCACGUCACCUUACACCAUCCACUUCAAGAGAACGCCCAAAUAUUUCAAACCGGGAAUGUCCUUCGAUGUUGCGAUUGAAGUUGUGAAACCUGACGGCAGUCCGGCACAAGGUAUUGCUGUGGUGAUAGAUGUAGAGGAGGUGCAGGGUGUCACUGCAGCCAAUGGCAUGGCAAGGCUUUCCAUUAAUACAGUGCAAAGUACUGAACCACUGACAAUCACAGCGACGACCAAUGAUCCUCUGAUUUCACCUGAAAGGCAAGCGUCUGCCACCAUGACAGCUCUCCCAUAUAGCACCAAAAGCAACAAUUACAUCAACAUAGGGGUGGAUGUAGCUGAAGUAAAAUUAGGAGACAAUCUGAAGAUCAACCUAAACCUCAACAGGCAGGACAAUGCACAAAAUGACAUCACAUACCUGAUCCUGAGCAGAGGUCAACUGAUAAAACAUGGGCGUUACAGGACAAGUAGCCACAUAGUGAUGUCCAUGAUAGUUCCCAUCACCAAAGAAAUGCUGCCAUCAUUCCGCAUCGUAGCCUACUACCAUACAAAUGACAAUGAAGUGGUAGCAGACUCUGUCUGGGUGGACGUUGUGGACUCCUGCAUGGGUUCGCUGAAGUUGGAAUCAUCGAGACAUGCUCAUUCCUAUGAGCCUCGCAAGAUGUUUGGUCUGAAGGUAACUGGAGAUCCAGGGGCCACAGUGGGACUGGUGGCAGUUGAUAAAGGCGUCUAUGUCCUGAAUAACAAGCACCGCCUCACCCAGAAAAAGGUGUGGGACACUGUAGAAACACAUGACACAGGCUGCACACCAGGCGGAGGGAGGGACGGUAUGGGUGUGUUCUACGAUGCUGGGCUGUUGUUUGAGUCCAACACGGCAUCUGGGACUCCCUCAAGACAAGAAUUGAAAUGUCCAGUUCCCGCCAGGAGAAAACGAGCCACUAACAUAAUGAACAUCACAACCACCUUAGUGAGUCAGUAUGAAGAUGAACUGCAGCGUGACUGUUGUUUGGAUGGCAUGAGGGACACCCCUGUUUCUUACACCUGUGAGAGGCGUAGCGAGUACAUCUCGGACGGUGCAGCCUGCGUCGAGGCCUUCCUGCACUGCUGCAAGGAGAUGGAGAACCAGCGAGCUGAGAAGAGGGAGGGAGACCUCCAGCUGGCUCGCAGUGAGGACGAUGACAACAGUUACAUGGACAGCAAUGAUAUUGCAUCUCGCACCAAGUUCCCUGAAAGUUGGCUGUGGUCGGACAUCAACCUGCCUCCUUGCGCUCAACAUUCACCCAACUGUGAAUCCACAUUUUUGGUGAAAAAUGUUCCUUUGCAAGACUCAAUCACCACCUGGCAGUUCACUGGCAUUAGUCUGUCAAGAACCCAUGGUAUCUGUGUGGCUGAUCCUCUAGAAGUAAUUGUCCAGAAGGAAUUCUUCAUUGAUCUCAGACUGCCGUACACUGCUGUCCGUGGAGAGCAGCUGGAAAUCAAAGCAGUCCUCCACAACCACAGACCUGAUUCUGCCACUGUGCGUGUGGAUCUGAUUGAGGAGGAGCACGUGUGCAGCGCAGCUUCUAAACAUGGGAAAUAUCGUAAGGAGGUCAGAGUUGGGCCCCACACUACACAUUCUGUACCCUUUGUCAUCAUCCCCACGAAGGAGGGACAGUACCGCAUUGAGGUCAAAGCAGCUGUUAAAGACUCGUCACUCAAUGAUGGAAUCAUAAAGGUGCUGCAGGUGGUGCCUGAAGGCUUACUGAUAAAAUGGCCUCAGAUUGUAGCUCUGGAUCCUGCAAAUAAAGGUGUAGAUGGUAGACAGGUGGAAAUUAUCAACAGUAGAAUUCCUAAGAAAGAUUUUCUUCCAAACACACCUAGAAGCACGCAGAUCUCUGUGACAGGAAAAAAGCAGACCAAUGAGUUGAAGAACACCAUCACUGGGACACCAAUGGAUAGUCUGAUCUACCAGCCCUCAGGCUGUGGAGAGGAGAACAUGAUCCACAUGACUCUGCCUGUCAUCGCAGCCACAUAUUUGGACAAGGCCGACCUGUGGGAACCUGUGAACAUUGAUAAACGUGGCCAGGCCUUCCAACACAUCAUCACUGGUUUACAAAAUCAACUUGCCUACCGUAAAAAGGAUGGGUCUUUCGCUGCGUAUUCUGAUCACCAGAGCAGCACCUGGCUGACAGCUUAUGUUGUCAAGGUGUUUGCCAUGGCCAGCCAUCUGGUGGCGGUGGAAAGCGAAGUGGUUUGUGACGCUGUCAAGUUUCUGAUUCUCAGAGCACAGCAACGUGACGGCUCGUUUAGAGAAACUGGAAGGGUGUCCCAUAGAGAGAUGAUCGGUGAUGUUCUUGGCACAGAUUCAGACGCCUCCAUGACAGCCUUCUGCCUCAUUGCCAUGCAGGAGUCACGUACAUUGUGUGACACCACUGUUAAUAGUCUGCCAGGCAGUAUAAACAAAGCAGUGGCCUACCUGGAGAAGCGUCUUUUCAGCCUAAUCAACCCUUACGCUGUUGCCAUGACAUCAUACGCUCUGGCCAAUGAAAAUAAACUGAACCAGGACAUCCUCUACAAGUUUGCUUCUCCAGAGUUGUCCCACUGGCCUGCACCUAAGGGGCGUUUUGUCACACUGGAGGCCACAGGUUACUCUCUUCUGGCUCUGGUCAGGGCCAAGGCUUUUAAAGAUGCCAUACCUGUUGUGAGGUGGUUCAACAAACAGCAGAGAGUGAAUGGAGGCUAUGGAUCAACUCAGGCUACCAUCAUAGUGUAUCAGGCCGUAGCAGAGUACUGGGCCAAUACUAAAGAUCCAGAGUAUGAUCUGAAUGUAGACAUCUUGUUGCCGGGCAGGUCAAAGCCUGACAAGUACAACUUCAACAGGGAUAACCACUAUGCCACAAGAACAUCUAAGAUCAGCAAUGUAAACCAGGAUGUGAGAGUGACUGCCACAGGAGCAGGAGAGGCAACACUGACAAUGGUGUCGCUAUAUUACGCUCUGCCUACAGCGAAGGAGGGCGACUGUCAGAAGUUUAACUUGUCAGUGGAGCUCAUUCCAGAAAAAAUGGAUGAGGAUGAAAAGAUCUACAAGCUGAAGAUAGAGGUUUUGUAUAAGGACAGGCAGCAUGAUGCAACUAUGUCAGUCUUGGAUAUUGGCUUGCUAACGGGCUUCACUGUGAACACGAAAGAUCUGGACUUAAUGUCCAAAGGACGCGCCCGCUCCAUUGCAAGAUAUAAGAUGAACACUGUCGAGUCAGAAAGGGACUCGCUGAUCAUCUACCUGGACAGGGUUUCUCACACACGACCAGAGGAGAUCACCUUUAGGGUCCACCAGAAGCUGAAAGUGGGCGUCUUACAACCAGCAGCUGUGUCUGUCUAUGAAUACAGUAAUCAUCCAUACAGUAAUAAAACACGCUGUGUGAAAUUCUACCAUCCAGAGAGGAGAGCUGGACAGCUACUGAGGCUGUGUAGAAACGAAGAAUGCACAUGUGCUGAAGAGAAUUGCAGUAUGCAGAAGAAAGGCAAUGUUAGCAAUGAUGAGCGCACAGCUAAGGUUUGUGAGACUGAACUGAACAGCAAAACAGAUUUUGUUUACAAAAUGAGACUGGAAGGUCUCACAGAUGGUUUGUCCACUGACAUUUACACAAUGCGGGUACUGGACGUCGUCAAAGAAGGAAGUUCGGAUGUGGGUCCUCGGGGUAAAGUGCGCCCAUUCCUCAGUUAUCCUCACUGCAGAGUUACCUUAGGUUUAGAGAAAGGCAAAACCUACCUCAUCAUGGGUACUUCCAAAGAUAUUUACAUGGACGAACAGAGUCAAUCGUUUCAGUACGUGCUUGGUGAGAAAACCUGGAUUGAGUACUGGCCCUCACAAACAGAGUGUAAAACUGAGGAGUACAAACCUAUCUGCACGGGCAUUGACGAGAUGGCCCAGCAGUACAGACUUUUAGGAUGUCGGCAAUAAUCAAACAGAAGGAAAUAAAUAUGUUGUUUUUAAGUUGUUUUAGUUUUGCAUUAUUCUGUAAUGCUUUAGAUUACAGUCCAUAAGUUACAGUGUAAAUAUUUAGUACACAUGGGCUACUAGUCAAAUACUUAAAGGGUGCAUGAGCUGAGGCAGACAUGUCAGGGUAGAAGGCACAAGGUCAGGGAAUAAGGGGAGAGGACUUACAGAUAAAUUACACUGUAAGCAAAUGUGAUGGUCAGCCCCUCCGGUGACUCUUUUUUGGACGCUUGUUUGGUUUCUUUGUUUUUCUGUUGAGUGUUUUGAAGUUACAUACCUUUUAUAUCAGUUAUGGUGUUACUUCCUGUCUUUGUGACUGUCUGACCAGCCCUGUGUUUAACCUGUUCCCAAUUAUCUCUGUUAUCUCCCUUGUGUAUUUAAGUCUCUGUGUUCCUUUCUCUACUUGUCAGUUAGCUCUUCUGUUUUCCCCCCAGUUUCUGUGGAUUUGCCACCUUUGUUGUUUUGUUCAUGGAAGAGUUCCUUAGUUUCCAUCGAGUUUAUGUUCCUGUCACCAAAAUACCUGGAUUCCAUUCAACCGUCUUGCCCACCUGCAUGAUUGUAUGUUUAUUAAAGAGUUGCUUCAUUUA